AUGAAGGCAUCACUUUUUUUAAAGCAGAAGUUGACCCCUGAUGAGGAUCCAUCCUUUGGAAGUGACUGGUAUGAUGUUGAAGACCCUACUGCUUUAGCUACGUUUUCACAAGGAGAUUCUAUUCCAACAUGCAACCUGAAAAAUUCCAAAGCUAGUACUCCAUUAACAACCGAAUACGUAACAUAUCCAUCAUUCUUGUAUUCGAGCCCCUCGUAUCCAUAUUCAGAAUACUGGUCAAACCCUCAAACUCCUCAGCAACCUUCAAUGUCCAGCACUCUUUACGAUAGUUGGUGUCGGCCUAACUUUGUUAACAAUGGAACAGAAUCUUUCCCAAGCCAUUCAGUAAAUUCUUCGCAAUGUUUAAGGUCCACAAUUCGCAAUAGCUUGUCUUUUGAAUCAACUGGCUGCUCGCUACCUCAGUUUGAAAACAGCAGUAACUUGAAUGUGAGUAUAAGUUCCCUCAAUUCUUCAGUAGAAGAUUUAGAAGCUUUGGCUGAUCAUUCCGAGAAUCGUUGCCAAGAGAACUGGGGACUGAACAACCAAAGGGAAGGCUUCAUAGACACACACUGCCACCUGGACUUUUUGUUCUCUAAGUUGUCCUUUCGUGGAACUUUUGCCAAGUUUAUGAAGGUUUACGGCAGCACAUUCCCAGUGGAGUUUCAUGGGUGUAUCACAGAUUUCUGUGACCCUCGCAAUCUGGUUCUUGGAAACUUAUGGGAAAAUUUAUUGGAAGAACCACUUGUUUGGGGUGCUUUUGGCUGCCAUCCACAUUUUGCCUGUUACUACACAAAUUUACAGGAAAAGGCAAUUAUCCAAGCACUGAGACACCCCAAAGCAGUUGCUUUUGGCGAGAUGGGAUUGGACUAUUCUUACAAGUGUUCAACAGCCAUUGCCAAACAAAAACAGGUCUUUGAGAGACAGCUAAAGCUUGCAGUGGCAUUAAAGAAACCUCUUGUGAUACAUUGCAGAGAUGCUGACCAAGACCUCCUUGAGAUAAUGAAAACUAAUGUCCCAAAGGACUACAGGAUUCAUAGGCAUUGCUUUACAGGCCGUUAUGAAGUGAUUGAACCAUUUCUACAGGAAUUUUCAAAUUUGUCAGUUGGAUUCACAGCCCUGUUAACCUACCCAACUGCUGCUGUGACCAAGGAAGCAGUAAGAAGAAUCUCAAUAGAGAGAAUUGUCGUAGAGACUGAUGCACCGUACUUCUUACCUAGAGGGGUCUCCAAGAUGGCCUGUUGCUAUUCCCAUCCAGGACUUGCCUUGCACACUGUCAUGGAAAUUGCCCGACAGAAAACUAUGAAACCGUCCACAGUUCUUUCUAUACUGAGAAAAAAUACCCAAGAUAUAUAUAAAAUAUAA